AUGUUUUUCAACACAAAGCUGAGAUUCCUGUACGCAAUAUGGGCUUUCUUAGAAUGUUUGGGAUUUUAUGGGCUUAUAGAAGGGUGGGGUUCUUUGGUCUAUGUUUUAAAAGAUGAGGGCAUUUACUCAGAUUUGUGUGGAGACCACCCCGAAAAUAGCUCUACAGUUUCAAAUGAUACAAAAAAUGAUACAGAAGGCGCUAACAAAAGUAGCGGCUGUCUUGAACAGGACUCGAAGCUGGCUUCCAUCUUCACGGUCGCCUCAUCACUGUACUGCUUAUUCAACAUGUUGUUGGGACAGGUUUCCUUCAAGUUUGGGGCACGGAUUACCCGCCUUAUUGCCGUAUUAUUUUAUGUUUGUGGGGCACUAAUGAUAGCCUUCACGUCAAAAGAGUUACCUUGGUUAGCUUACCCUGGGCUGACGUUCAUUGGCUUUGGGGGUGUGGCCAUGUUCUUCACCUGCAUUCAAGUGGCCAACCUGUUCCCGCUGGGAGGAUCUGUGGUCAUUGGCUUUCUCAAUGGAGGAUUUGAUACGUCGUCAGGCGUUCAGCUGAUGGUCAAGUUUGGGUACGAGAAUGGAAUAAGCAGGCGGACGUCUUACGUCAUCAUCGCCUGCUGUCAGGUGUUCACCCUCAUCUCCAGCUUGUUUUUUUAUCCCAAGGAUUUUAUCCGCAAACAACAGAAGGAGCCAGUUAUUGCAACAAGUAGACACAGGCGGAGAAAAAGAAGAACAAGAAGAUUCUGGAACCUUCCGGGGCCUGCUGAGACAUUUAUACUGCACGUGCUGUGGGUGUCUUGUCUUCAACUUCGGUUUUACUUCGUGCUGGGGUCGAUCAACACCAGUCUACAGAAGAUGGUCAUCAGCCACUACACCAACGUGAUGGUGUACACUAUGAUGAGUGGAAUCUUCGUCUGCCCCCUAGCUGGAUUUUUCUACUCCUGGCAGACUCAAAUCUUUGCCAACAGCCUAUCCAGCGUACGACGUCAGGUGAUGCCGUCAGUGCUCCCCCUAACGGCGACCACCGUGUCCAGCGUCAUCAUGUCCAGUCUCCUGCUGGUCAACGACCCCCGGGUGCUGUACGCCUUCUUCGUCUUCCUGGUGCUGCAUCGGUCAUUUCUAUUCACAACGUACACCGCGUAUGUGGUUGCGAUCUUCCCUAGUUGUUAUCUGGGCAGCUUGCUGGGGAUCGCAGUCUUCACCGCUGGGGUCAUCUCAUUUUUUCAGUACGCCCUUUUUGCUUGGCUGGAGACUGGACUUAUGCAGGUACAGUAG